AUCACCUGGGUGUUACUUUCCUAUUUGAACUUUCGGUUUACACAACGUUGUUAAAGCAAUAGUGAAUUGUAAACUAACAUGCCCGUUAGAUGGUAAUGGAAUUAUAAAUUGCUAAUAAUUGGAAAAACACAUUGCGUCUAUUUAAUGCACCAGAAAAUUACAUAAAAGAGAUGGAUGAAUUUAUCUGAUUUCUUAUUAGUAAAAGUAGUGUAUUGGAAUUUAACUAGCAUGGAAGUGGAUGUAUCAUAGAAAAUAAUAUUGGAUAUAACUCUAUAGCACUGGAAAAAUAUUCAAUUAACUGAAAAUAUUGUGACAGGUACCCUUUGACAUUUGGUCAAGUACUAUUUACAUUUUUCCUAUAAAUUUAUUUUCAACACAAUGGAUGAUUUGGGUUCGAGUGAUGGUGAUUCGGACUGUGAUAAUUUUGAAGCCCUUUCCCAGACCAAAGACCCAUGUUAUAGAUGUGAGAAGAGGGUCUACCCCGUAGAACGUGUGGAUAUUGGUGUUGUAUUCCACAGACGAUGCUUUAGAUGCCGGGUUUGUGGAAUACAGUUAACUCUGAGGUCUUUCCAUUGGGACCAGGAGAACAAGCCCGAUGUUUACUGCCAGGCCCAUAUUACCAAACUAGUUGGGUCCAUAGAUAAAGAUUGUGUAGGCAUUAAGUCAGCAUUAAAUGCACCGAAACGUGGACCCAAUUCAAAUGAACAGAUACGAGGAAGCAAAUAUAAUCCAGGGUGGCAGUAUGACGCUAAUGCGAUGGAAUUUACUCAUCAAAGGGAGCUUGCGCAGAGGGAGAGGAAAAGAACCUCCCUAGGAACAUACAAGGAUUAUGAGAGUACAGGGAUAUUUGAGGCUCAGACAGAAUUAGAAUUAAAACAAAAAGCAGAAGAAGAUAAGUUGUAUGAACAAUUCUCACAUGAACGCCAAACUCUCAAGAAACGCUUAGAAGAGGAGUUUCAAAAAGAACAAGACAAAUCUGCUAAAGAGCAUUUAUCAAGUUUGACAAAAAGUUCGCCAAGUAAGACCAAAGUAAAAAAACUAAAAGAACCAGAUAAAACGGGGGAGCAGUAUCAACAGCAGAGGGAUGAACGUCUUAAAGCAUCCUUGGAACGUCUAACAUCAGAGGAGAGGUCAAGAGUAGCAAAAAUGAUACAGAAACAUAGCGAGGAAAUGUUACUAAUGAUAGCUGAAAAACUGGCUGCCAACGAGAGUUCUCCAGAAACAGAAGAGACAACACCAGACACAGUGGUUCUGUCCCGUCCCCCACCUGUAGCACCACCAGAGUUCAGACGAUCGGCACUUUUCAAAAACCCUGAGGAAUUCAGUUGUAUUGAUGACCAAGUUAUUGAAGUAGCAAAGCAGGACUAUUGUUCCUUUACAGACUUGGUUAAAGAUUUGAUUACAAGUUGUCAGACUGAUUUGGAAAAAGUUAGGUCUAUAUUUCGAUGGGUUACUGUCAAAGACUUGAAUAAAAUGGAAUUUGAAGAUAGCAUUAACCCAGAAUCUCCUCUCGGACUUCUACGUGGUAUUAAGGUUGGCACUGAAAGCUAUCAUGACCUUUUUAAACGGCUAUGCAGUUAUGCUGGAAUUCACUGUGAAGUAAUUCAAGGUUAUUCCAAAGGCGCAGGGUACAAGCCAGGGAUGAGAAUAGAUAAUCCAAAAUUUAAGAACUCGUGGACGGCAGUGUCAAUUGAAGGUUCAUGGUGUUUUGUCAACUGCAACUGGGGUGCCCGCCAUGUUAAAUGUCCUAACUCGACAGACGACGAUGAAAUGGAAGGCGGUUUGUUCUAUCAGUGUGACGAGUUCUACUUUAUUACUGAUCCGGAGGAUCAUAUCUAUCAGCAUUUUCCCAACGAUCCAAAAUGGCAGCUGCUUGAAUGUCCAAUCACUAUGACAGAGUUCAUUAACCUCCCAAUUGUAAAAUCGCCAUUUUUUAAUUAUGGUUUGAAGUUUGUUAAUCAUUAUGAUUGUACCCAGUAUACAAGUAAUGGUAUAGUGAUAAUGCAAAUCAAAAUGCCGAGUCUACUCGGAUUCGGGUAUACACUAGAGGCUAAAGACACUAAUGUAGAUCAAAGUAAAUUAGAAGGAAGAGUGCUGCUAAGAAUUGUAGGUCAUAAAGCUAUCUUCACAAUUGCACCACCUAAAGCUGGACGUUUUUACUUUAUGAUUUACGCAAAAGACAAUUGGAACUCUGAAUCCUUACAAAGUGUGUGUGGUUUUCGUAUAAAAUGUAGAGAGAAACGAGAUCAAAUCAAAAGUCCAUUUCCGAAAGUGCCAUUUUUUGGUCCGACUCCUGUAAUGAGCCAGUACGGAGUCUUUCCACAAACACAUAUCGACCCGUUAGUUGUUUAUAGUUAUGAUGAUGUUGUUUUUCAGUUCCAGUUACAAAGUGACGUCAAAUUGUCACCUACAUAUCAAUAUCAUGGACCAUUUCAAAGUGAUAUCACAGACUACCAGAGAUAUAUAUUUAUCAAAUAUCGAGAUGACAAAUCAGUAACAUAUCAAGUUAGAUGUCCUCAGAUGGGCAAAUAUGUUUUCUUUAUUUUCGGUUCUAAAACAACGUCUAAUGAUGACAAUGCGCAACUCGAUUGUUUGUUUAGAUAUAUGAUUGACUGUAAACAUCCGGCUAAAGACAAGCGGCCAUUACCACGUGCUUGUCACCGAUGGUACUACAGUACGCUUCUUGAGCCUACGAUUGGGGAUCUAGAAACGGAAAAGAAAGUGACUUUCCGUGUUCGAAAUCCGGUGGCUAUUGAUGUAGCUAUGCUUGUAGGUGACGCUUGGUAUCAUUUCAAAGAGGUAGGAGACAAUAUGUGGGAAGGUGCAAUAUAUACCGGUAAACAGCAUUGUAAGGCAAAGUUAUAUGCCAAACUGACAAAAGAGUUGACAAGAUUUUCGCCAUUGGCUGAGUUCUGCAUAAAAUGAACUUUGUUAAUGUACAAUUGAAAUGCUAAAUAUAAAAUGUCAAAGUUUAUAAUCAUGAGAAGAAAUUAAGUUUUCAAUAGGGUCCAUUUUAUGACAAACAUGAAAAAAAAAAUAGAAUCACAGUUUUCAUAUUUCAAUUUUUUAUAUGUUUAUUACUGAACUCAUGUUUUUUCAUAUUAAUCUUGAAACUACUUAAUUUACUGAGAUACGCUUUUAGGCGGAAACGUUUUGCAUGUGCUGAUGAGCGCAUUUAGUUUUUUUAAUUGCUUUUGAAAACGAGACAAAUUUAACGAAUGCAUAUAGUUCUAUUUUGUAUUAAAGUUUGUAUUUCUCGUUGAAAUAAAACAAAGGCAGCUUGUUGAACCUUGUACAAAAGUUUUUACUGAUUGUUUUGGGAGAAUAUUUGACAUUGGACAUGACCAUAAAAUCGUGUAAAGUA